AUGUCUCAACCCUGUAAUCCUUACAAAGAGUGUCGUUCCCUACGUCUCUUACUCCUAGUCUUUGCAACGUAUCUGACAUGUAGUUCGGUUGCAGCUGCUGCUGCGGAUGUUGCAACUACUGAAGCACCCAAAGGCUUUUCAGCACGUUCAAUUGACGCAAAUGAAGAAGAAGAUGAUUUUGAAACACAAGCACAGACUCAUCUAGGCUAUAGACAGCAGCAACGUCCUGUUUAUGACUACAGUCAAUCUGAAGAAGAUCAAGAGGAAGCACCACGACAAGUUUAUCAAAGCAGAAAUAAUAAACAACAAACCAAUUUUCUAAGACCUGGUAAAAAACAAUCAAGCGAGGAGGAAACUGAAGAAGAGGAAGAAGAACCAGACAGACUUUCAACAUUAUUGGCUAAAUCAAGUUUCAAUUGUAAUACCAAAACUACAGGUUACUAUGCGGAUGAAUCAUUAAAUUGUGAAGUAUUCCAUUAUUGCCAAGAUAAUCAACGUCACUCAUGGAUCUGUCCAGAAGGUUUCACCUUCCAUCAGAUACACCUUAUCUGCAUGCCACCGUCUAAUGAAAAUAUAUGCCAGCAAUCAUCAAAAUACCAUAUAGUCAAUGAUUAUCUUUAUAAACCAAUUAACUUACAAGAACACCAAUCAAAACCAAACGUUACGUUGCGUUACUCUGAACGUUAUUACCCUGAAAAUUAUUAUGAAAACGAUCGUUACGUUGAUGAUGAUGAAGCACCAAGACAACGUGUAAAUCACCAACGUCAACCUGUUCAAGUUGGUUUCCAACAACAGCAGCAAAUACAACCGGUAUACCAACAGACACGUCCAACACCACAGCCUGUGCAACAAGUGCGACAUCAACCUGCACCACAACAAACCACUUACAAUAUCACAAUGAUUGCUUCACUAAUGAAUGUGUCUCCAACUGCAACUCCAACUCCGGAUGAAUGUGUUUGCGUGGGCCUUUAA